GUUCCAACUCAAUCCACAACUCUAAAGAAGCUUCAGUUCACAAUCCCAGUUUCACUUUCCCCCACAACUUUCGGCCACAUUUCUUUAAUCUACUACUUCCUUCACCACCGACGACUUCCUUCACCACCGACGACUCACUUCAUCGCCGACGACUCACUUUGUCACCGCCAACCCUUUUCGUCCAGCCGACUCAACCUUUCGACCCAAUACUAUCAGAUGACAAUGGCUCCAACCAAACGCAAGGCUUCCCAUAUGUCUAGUGCUAAACCAAACAAAAAGACCAGUGCUGCGCUUCCCGCAGUGUCACAAUCCACCGCUUCGUCAACUGAAGAGAAGGUUGAUGGAGAGGUUACGGAGGAGUGGCCUGGUUGGGCUCCUGUCGAGAGCGAGCCGGCUAUUUUCACCGAGUUGAUCAAAGAGUUCGGUGUUAAGGGAGUCGUCGUACAAGAUGUUUACAGUACUGAUGAGGAUACUAUGCGCGGUUUCGUCAAUGCCCAUGGAAUCAUCUUCUUGUUUCGUCACAGGGACAACGAGGAGGUUGAAGGGGAUAUCGAGACGACUUGUCCGGAGGGUGUUUGGUUCGCCAAUCAAAUCGUCGAAAACGCCUGCGCAUCGCUUGCGAUGCUCAAUAUCCUCGCCAACUCAACCGCCGAACUCGGCGCAACGCUCUCAGCGUUCAAGGAGUUCGCGGCUCCUCUGACACCUCCCAUGAAGGGACUCGCUGUUGCCAACAAUCCCCAUUUGCGCAACAUCCACAACUCCUUCGCCAGGCAGUCUGAAUGCCGGGACCUCGACAUCUUGCUCACAGAGCAGGUCAAGACGCGGCCGUUCAUGACUGCUGCCAAGCCCAAAUCCAAAGGGAAGGGCUCAAAGAAGAAGCAGGCGAAGGAGGAGGAGGAGGAGGAGGAGGACUACGACGACGACGGCCCUGCGUUUCACUACGUCGCCUACGUCCACAUCAACGGCGCCCUCUACGAGCUCGAUGGGCUCCAGAAGCGGCCUGUGCGCGUGUGCAACUGCCCCCAGAGCGAGUGGACCGUUCAAGUUGGCUCCACCGUCCGCGAGAGGAUGCGUCGUUACCCCAAGGAGCGCACGUUCAAUCUUCUCUCGGUCGGACCGGAGACCGGGGUGGAUGUCGACGAGGACUUCGUGGAAAUCGCGAGGAGGCGCAAGGUCGAUUGGGAGGCGUUUGUCCACAGGGCGCUUACCAUCCUGGGUACAAAGAAGAUCGCCCAGCAAAAGCUUUGAUCUGAGAUAUCUGAAGAUGUCGAAGUCGGGCGACAGUAUGGUGUGUUUCUCUUCGUCCCCUCGGUUUGCUCGGCUUCUGGGGAGUCGGAGUUUUUUCUUUACUUUUCGACUUCGGGUUGG